AUAUUCUAUUUUCACACCUUCUACUAUGGCUACAAUGAAAGCAAUUCAGAUUCAACGACACGGUGGCACUGAAGUUCUAGAGUAUGUGGAUCUGCCUCGUCCCGAAGUGACCGCAAAUAAUAUUUUGUGUAGAACUGGUCUUUACAAAGUUUCACUUCCAUUCAUACUUGGACGUGAAGGCGCAGGUGUGGUAGAAUCGAUUGGUGAAGGUGUAACUGAUUUUGCACCGGGGGAUCGAGUGGUUUAUAUGACAGCGCAUAGCUACGCUGAAUAUACACUUGCUCCAUCCAGUUACGCUUAUAAGAUUCCGUCAGAUAUUGAAUUUAAAGAGGCUGCUGCUUUUUUGCUUCAGGGCUUAACCUGUUGGACUUUAGCCACGCAAAGUUAUCCGGAUUAUGUGCUUAUACACGCGGCAGCCGGGGGAACUGGUCUUUUGCUCACUCAAUUAUCGAAAUUAUUAGGAGCUCAUGCAAUUGGAACCACGUCAAACGCUCAGAAAGCAGAAUUAGCAAAAAAGGCAGGCGCGGAAUAUGUAAUAAAUUAUACCACAGAAAACGUCGUCGAAAAAGUGAAUGAAAUUACCAAUGGAUUGGGUGUUCAUGUUGUUUACGAUGGUGUCGGAAAAGACACGUUCGAAACUUCAUUAGCGUCAGCUCGUCGGCUUGGAACCGUCGUUUCUUUUGGGAAUGCUUCCGGUCCUGUUCCGCCGUUUAGUAUUUUAAGAUUAGCAGAUAAAAAUCUAAGGUUAAUGAGAACAACUUUAAUGAGUUAUCUCACCACCAAAGAAGAAUUUCAAAAGUAUACUAAAGAAUUAUUUGAUCUGGUCCAAGAGAGAAAAAUUUCAUUGUUAAAUAUUCAAGUUUAUAAGUUGAGCGAUGCGAAAAAAGCUCACGAUGAUUUAGAAUCACGAAAAACUACUGGGAAAUUAAUUUUAGAACCUUAG